AUGACAUCAUACGAACGCAUUGUGGAUCGUGUUUGCAAUCGCACGUGCGAUCGGUUUUGUUUUUUCGAUCAGAAGAUUGCUGUAGAAAAGUUGACAGGUCUAAAGCUCCUCGCGGAGCGUAUUGAAGAACCCCAAGACAAAGUUACACAUGGUAACGAUCAGAAUACUGCCACCAUAUAUGUGUCUUCCAUGGAUAAAUUCACCUGUCAGUUGUGUAGUGUGGACUUUCCCGAUACAGAUUCAAUGAGGGAACACUUCAAAUCAGAUCUUCAUGUGUACAAAAUGAAUAUGUCUUUGGGCAAAUCGAUGAAUCUGACAGACUCAAUUCCGAAGGGAAUGGAAUUCGCGAAUUGUACCCCCACGACAACAAAAUCCACCUCAAAAUUUUAUGAAUCCAGUCAGACAGAUUCGACCGCUGAAUCUUGUCCUUCUCUGGCUGCAUCUUCCCAUAAACAAAUGGUCUACUUUCGAAGCAGAAGCGGUGAAAUAAUCGGAAUUCAUCGAUGUAUUUUGUUCACACGCAAAGUGAGUACAUCUUUGCAUCUAUGA